UCGACGGCGAACACACGAUCCUCUCCGUCUGUUGGUGCAUCGGCCAGUGUUUCGCUAUAGGCAACCCUCCUCGCGCUAACUCAAUCAAGCCGGCGUAGUGCGCGUCUCAAAGCGGGCCACUUUGCUUGCUCAAAUCGUUGCGGUAGGAAGCAUGCCAGCCCGCUGCGGCAAUUCAUCUCGCUCUCAGCCCCGCAAGCAUCAAUAAAACAACACCCCGUCAUGUCCGCUCAUUUGCUGCUCCUCUUUGUGGUGCUGGAGACGGCGGCCUCGCAGGUGCUCUGGACGCCCAUCUAUCUGGACAGCAACAACCAAGUUGACUUGUGGACCCAAGAGAGCACAGGCUGCAGGUGUCCCUUUGAUGCAAGUCGAAGCGACUGUGCGUGUUGCGUGCCUCAAUCAGGCUGCCAUUGUGGCGAGUCCUCACCUAAUAGGUGUCAGCAAUGUGGACUAGAGAAAUACUGCUCAAACAUGUGUAACAUAACUUUGGACGCGAGAACCCUGCAGGCGCGCUCGAACAAGACUUUCGGCCAAAUCAAGUCGCCGGCCAUGGAGGGACCCUCCUUCUGCUGGUACCUGCUGCAGCCUGGCAAAGGUCAACGCGUCGAGGUGCAGAUUUACAGACUGAAGGCCGUCGGCCGCUUCAACGGAACUAGCUGUCACGGCGGUUUUGUUCAGCUGGUGGAUGGAACUGACAUGACUGCAAAACCCACCGACAUCCAGUUGUGCGGCCAAAAUGAGCGAUACACCCCGCCGGCCGUCGUUUUUGCUGACCACGGCACUGCCACCCUGCUUUUCAGUGUUUCAGAGUCGACGGAACGGUCGCAGUUUUUGGCCUACUUCAGCUUCACCCCGAUUGACCACCCACACGUCGGUCUGCAGCCACGAGGCGGCCAAAGGGUGGAGCACACAGAGUGCGACUGGCUGUACCAGGACUACGCGUGCAGAGACGCCCGCUCCUGUUUGCUGGCCAGCCCCGGCUACCCCGGCGUGUAUCCACCGAACCGAUUGUGCAAGUACCUCAUCACGACCAGCUCGAUUCACACCAGGAUCCACAUCGGAUUCAUUAAUCUGCUUCUGCCAUACAAUCACUGCGGCACAGACUACAUCGCAGUCUACCAGGGCUCGACGUCUUCCGGCCCGCUCCAGACCACCAUCUGCGGCAACAGGAAGGAGGAACUCAACUUCACAGGGCCAAACCUCCUACUUGAAUUUAGCUCUGGUCCGCCAAUACCUCCCUAUGACUAUAAUGGAUUUGUUGCUUAUUUGGAGUUCAUUGACCUGAAUGCAGAGGAAUCUCACACAGAAACAACAGUCAAAGCUUCCCGAACAACCGAAGCUGGAAUCAUUGGCAAGCCCGGCACAUUUUAUCAUGAAGAAAGCACAAUUCCAAGAAGGGUCCCGAACGCAAACUGCGAUUUUGUUUUCUAUGGUAACACAACUAGAAGUGGACAUUUUGACACUCGUUCCACCAUAGGCUGGCCGCAUGACAAAGGCCCUGCAGUUUGCAGACUCACCUUUAUUGGCAGAAAAGUUGAUGUCAUCCACGUAUCACUAUUCAAUUAUGACUUGAGAACAUCAGACUGUGACUCGGCAAUUGAAAUCUUUGACGGUUCAUCUAAAAAAGGCGCCAAACCAGUUCAUAAGAUUUGCAGUCCUGUUUCCAGACACGCCCGAGAUCCAAACGGAAGAUUCACUGAUCAGGAAUCAUAUUUAUCAUCUGGAAAUAUUUUAACAAUUCUUGUGCGAAUGGGCAAGCAAAGCCACAAAGAAGCACUUGAUGGAGCUUUUGCUUUUCAUGACGAGAAAAUCGCAGGCACCCAGCGUCCAGACCUGCCAUGUGCCGUUGAGUUUUUAGGCACCAAAAGUCCCCUCACUGGCGAGGUGAAAAAUCCAGCCACUCAGCAUAUCUACUGGAACAUUGAAGGUCCUCUGAAUUGCUCACAAAUCUUCAAGCCAAAUUUUAACCAAAGCAUUUCAAUAAGCGUCAAUUCUAUAAGCAAAAGCAGUGACUCCCACUGCAACACAAACUGUGAAGGAGACAGUGGCUGCGACUGUAUUACUAAUCUGAUGUCCCUGGAUCAAGUGGACCAUCUGAAAAUAAUUGCUGCUGACACGGGGGUGCAACUUGCGUGCAUCUGCGGAAGGCCAAGAGAUAAUUUUCUGCCUAUAUCAGUGCACAGUCUUGGUCCCUUGAUGUUGGUCUACAGUGUAGCACACUACAGCUGGACAACGCAAGGAUUCAACUACAAAGCUUCUUAUCAGUUCACCUCAGAUAGGGGUUGUGGCCCUCCUGUAUACUUGGAAACAUCCGGUCUCAUUGACUCGAGACAACUAUCUGGAUCUUUGUCAAAUGGGAGGCAUGCAUUUAAUUACUUCAAGUGUCUCUGGCUCUUGCAGUCCAACGUUGAGCGACAAAUCACUAUUGAAAUGUCUACAAUUCACAAUCCAGACUCGUGUGGCGCCUGGAAUAUUUCAAUCCACAAGCCCAGCAAGAACGGCCUAGGUCCGAAUCACAACGCCCUGCACACAUUUUGCCCUGGUGAAAGGAGAAGACUGUACACCCUUCCAUGGAAAGUGCAUUCGGCCUAUAUUAGGUUAAAUGCCCUUUCGAAGGUGCCAGGGCCACACUUCACUGUGCGGUGGAGUUCGAAAAUUGUGACGGCCAACAAUAGAGUGUCUGGCCCCAACGAUGCUGCCGUCCACUCUGGUGGCGUCCGCUCCUCCCUUAUGUGGCUCCUUCUUGGACUGGUCGCCCUUCUAAUGCAGUGAAUGAGAGUGUGGAAAGAUGAGAACAAAAACUGUUUGUUUUGUGUGAUCUACUGGUGUAUGUGAAAUAAAAUAAUUAUUAGUUAGACUUGGAAAAGAAUGACUGCCGCGGUGGAAAACAACCUUUGUAAUUAUGUGAAUUGUUAAUUCUGAAAUCCACAUAGAAAAACUAAGAAGAAAAUAUUAAAUUUGUUGUCAAGA